UUUGCCGAAUUGUAAUAUCACUCCUUAUAUAAAAUUGUUAUUAAGUGCUCUUUUUCUCAAGUGCAGUUAAAAUACUUGUGAUACAAAAUGGGUAAGGAAAAGAUCCAUAUCAACAUCGUCGUCAUCGGCCACGUAGAUUCUGGAAAAUCGACUACUACUGGACAUUUGAUCUACAAAUGCGGCGGUAUCGAUAAGAGAGCUAUUGAAAAAUUCGAGAAGGAAGCCCAGGAAAUGGGAAAAGGCUCCUUCAAAUAUGCGUGGGUUUUGGAUAAAUUGAAGGCUGAGCGCGAACGUGGUAUUACAAUCGACAUUGCUUUGUGGAAGUUCGAAACUGCCAAGUAUUAUGUUACCAUCAUCGAUGCUCCCGGACAUCGUGAUUUCAUUAAAAACAUGAUCACUGGAACAUCUCAAGCCGAUUGCGCCGUACUCAUCGUAGCCGCCGGUACCGGUGAGUUCGAAGCCGGUAUCUCGAAGAACGGCCAAACCCGUGAACAUGCGUUAUUGGCGUUCACCUUGGGUGUAAAACAAUUAAUUGUUGGCGUCAACAAGAUGGACUCUACUGAACCACCUUACAGCGAAUCUCGAUUUGAAGAAAUCAAGAAAGAAGUAUGCUCGUACAUCAAGAAGAUCGGUUAUAAUCCAAAUACUGUUGCGUUUGUACCAAUUUCUGGAUGGCACGGGGACAACAUGUUGGAACCAUCCACCAAGAUGCCAUGGUUCAAGGGAUGGCACAUUGACCGCAAAGAAGGCAAGGUUGAUGGCAAGUGCUUGAUUGAAGCCUUAGAUGCUAUCUUACCACCCUCAAGACCAACAGACAAGCCACUCCGUCUUCCUUUGCAAGAUGUAUACAAGAUCGGCGGUAUUGGAACAGUCCCAGUAGGACGUGUCGAAACCGGCAUUCUCAAACCAGGUACUGUAGUAGUUUUCGCACCAGCUAACAUAACUACUGAAGUAAAAUCCGUCGAAAUGCAUCACGAAGCCCUAACUGAAGCCGUACCCGGAGACAACGUUGGCUUCAACGUUAAGAACGUCUCCGUCAAGGAAUUAAGACGUGGUUAUGUUGCCGGAGACUCCAAAGCCAAUCCACCAAAGGGAGCUGCAGACUUUACUGCUCAGGUUAUCGUUUUGAACCAUCCAGGUCAAAUUUCAAACGGUUAUACUCCAGUAUUGGAUUGCCACACCGCUCACAUCGCCUGCAAAUUCGCUGAAAUUAAACAGAAGGUCGACAGACGUACUGGUAAAGCUACUGAAGAAAACCCCAAAUCCAUCAAGUCCGGGGAUGCUGCAAUCGUUAACUUGAUUCCAUCCAAGCCUAUGUGCGUGGAAUCAUUCCAAGAAUUUCCUCCCUUGGGUCGUUUUGCAGUCCGCGACAUGAGACAAACCGUUGCUGUGGGAGUAAUUAAAAGCGUUGUGCACAAGGAAGCAACUGCCGGCAAAGUUACAAAAGCCGCAGAAAAAGCCACCAAAGCCAAGAAGUAAUUUCUUUAAAAUUUAUUAUGAAGAUAAUUUUAAGUUUAAUUUUAAUGAGAAUUCUUAAAUUAUUUUUGUAAAACAAUUAUAUUAAUUACUCUUACAAUUGC